AUACCUCUCACAAACUGGACUAGGAACCCUGUACCCCCGGUCAGCCCACUACCUCGAGGGUCUUCGGGGGAAGUCACAAGCUCCAAAGAAGUCUCCAAUGGAUGGGUACCUUUCACAUCUUGCCGUAGUCAACCAAGUCAACGCACUUUGCAAACAGUUGCAUCAUGAUGCGCAGAAUCUUAACAAUCACAAAUACAUUGCACAUCAAGUCGCCCUUCUGUAUCAAUCUUUGAAUCAGCUUGGAAAUGUUAAGGCUCUCCUGAGCUAUCGUAACAACAUUGAGGGUAUGUUCAAGAAGCUGAAGGCUGCCCUGGAGUUGACAGCGGCAGAUGGAGACUCGGUGCCUCAUCUACCUGAUGAAUACAAGCAAUGGUUACUGGAGCUGACAGUAUCGCUACAGGAAGUGAUGUCAUCAUUCAAUGCUUCAUUCAAUCAGCCUCUCCUCCCUGCAAUGGGCUUCCUCCAACAGACGCUCUGAGAGGACGAUAGAAGAGGAAUGAAACUCUGGAGAUUUGUUUGUGACACACUUAUUUUUCUUAGAACACUGAAUAUUAUCGCUUAGAGUUUAACUCUGGUCCUCUAAACCUCUUCUUUGGGUAGUCCAGUUUGUUCUAUGAACUCUCCUUCUGGCAGAGGAUUUUUUGUAACAAAGCUGCUGACAAAAUGAUUGAUAGAAGGAAGAAAUUGUGGAGAUUUGUUUGAGACAUUUUUUCCAUCAGAACACUAAACGUUGUGGCUCAAAGUUUCAACUCCGACCCUGUGAACCUCUUCUUCAGGUAGUCCAGUUCCUUUUACGAACUCUUCUCCCAGCAAUGAGGUUAAUCCAACAUACUCUCUGACAGAAUGAUCAAAAGAAGGAUGAAAUCUUCGGAAAGGCUUUCAUGUGGGAAACUUCUUCCCUGCAGAACAAUGAACAUUGCGGCUGAGAGAUUUACUCCGAUCCUCUAAACCUCUUCUUCAAGUAGUUCCUCCUGUGAACUCUCUGAUUAUGGGAUAGAUGUGAAGAUAGAUAUGAUUAACCUUAUUUGAUAUGGAACUUGCUGUCAUUAUGGAAACACAAGUCAUAGACCCACUGUGUAAACCCUGUCUGACCUUCCCUACAUGCGCACAGUGGAUUACUGAAAGUUAUUUAAGAGACAAUGGCUGAUUUCAAGUUCAGUGUUGACCUUUUGGUGUUGGUGUUAGGUCAAUUUUUACAUGAUUAUAACACCAAACAUAAAAUGAAGAUUGUCCUGGAAAGUCACUCACUAGUUGUUGGGAUGUCAAUAAUGUGAUCUGGAUCAGUUUUACAAACCUGAAUAAGUUUUGGAGCAAGGGGAAGCAAUCCAAAUUUCAACACCAACACCUAGGCCAACACCGGACUUGAAAUCACCCAGUGGGUAUCUUCCUGCAUGAUUGGUCACAUUCGUAUUCAACAGUGUCCGAGUAGUGUCAGGUAAAAGUUGGUGGAAUGCAAAUAGGUACAUUUUUCGUACAUGUAUGUAUAGUGUCAAAGUCUUUUAUUUUCUUUCUUUGUGUUUCCGAGGUUGCAUUCUUUGAUAGUUUGAUGUGCUAUCAGGGUGAUAUUCAAUGUGUGAGGCUUAGUGUAAUCUUAAUUGUUUUAGUCUUUCUUUUGUAUUAUUUGAAAAUAUGCCAAUGAUCUAUAAUUGUGAUCUUUUGAAUCCUUAUGUAUUUUUCCUGUAUAUCUAAGCAAAUGUAUAUUCAGUAAUUGUUUUGUAGUGAAUGCUUUUGGGGCUAUUCUGAAAUUGGUCGACUACUUAUUUAUCGUCGGGUAAUGUUUAAUGCAAGGUGCUGGGUUGCAAUCAAAUUAUUUUAGGGUAGAGUAGUAUUCUGUGUUUCCUUCAGGAAACCAUAAUCUGUGUCUAACCUUGUUCAACUGGAGUGUAUCUUGGCGAUAUGAUUACAUUUGUUUACCUUACUAUCUGAAAGACAUGGCUCAUUGAUUGACCUUGGAGGUGUUUCACGUAGAAUUCAGUGUGAGUUUAGAGUCUUUCUUAAAUGCUGAUGAUCUUGUGAUAUGUAAUUCCCAAUCUUAAUGAUUAAUAUGCAGUAGCGAGCAUCCUCGCUCAAUGGGACUCUUUUUUAAUAAAAGAAAUAGAAAGAAGUCUUUAUUUGGCCCGUUUUGUUUCCAAUACUUGUUUAGGGUAGGGUUUCACACACCAAUACUUGUUAAGGGGUGCAUUUUCAGAACAUGGAAAAUACUUGUUUAGGGUGCUUUUCAAAACCCCAUGGUCAUGCGUGGUAUCCACUCGUCAAUGGAAGUGCCCCCCCCCCCCCAUUAAAGAAUUAAAAUAUCCCUGCUUGAACUGUUUAAAUCUGGCUCCCGUUUCACAAUGCGUACAUGUAAUGCCUAUGAUAAAUUUACUAUCAGCCUAUCCCAUUGACUUCAGUAGCUUUAAACUGUUAUUGCAAAUUCGCAAAUAUAACAAGUUUUAUGAAACAGUCCCCUGGGCUUCAUAACACAAGGGUUUGCAGUCAGUCACUAACUGACAAUGGCCAUUCAAGAUGAUUGUGGCAAACACGUUUUGUUCACAUCGCUGACCAGGAACCAAUGAGGAGUAUUCUCUCAUAUUUCCAAUCCAUCAGGAACCAAUGAGGAGUAUUCUCUUAUAUUUGCAAUCCAUCGGGAACCAAUGAGGAGUAUUCUUUCAUAUUUCCAAUCCAUAAGGAACCAAUGAGGAGUAUUCUUUCAUAUUUGCAAUUCAUCAUAAGUCUUUGCAUUAAGGAGUCCUUACAUGUAUAAUUGUUUGAAAUUUGAUUAUUUUUAUUAUUAUCAUUUUAGGUUUUGACUUGUUCUUUCACUGCAGCUCCCAAAUUGUUCUGGCAACAGCUUAGAUGGUUUAUAGCUAUCUGUUGUUUUAAUGCAACAUAUUAAUGCAAUCUGUAAAAGGUAUGUGCUGUGCCUUUUAGCAGGUAUCCGCCCACCAAGGCACUCUGCGUCUUUACAUAGCAGCUUUCCCUGAUUCUCCGUUAUUUUGUCUAUGAAAAAAUAUUGGUGAUGAAAAGCCACUUGCAGGACUCCUGCGGGAAACAAAUGUGACUGACUUUCGAUUAAAAAGCCUAACAAGCACGGUUACAUGAAGAAAAUAUAUAUGCAUGUAAAUAUCAUCUUGUUAUUAUUCUUUUUUUAGUGCACGUUUAGAUUGAUUAUUCUACCAUAUUUCACCUUGAAAGAAAGAAAUGCAUAAUUCACACUUAAA